UGUGGUUAAAGCUUUGAUUUUAAAGAUAUAACAGUGGUAUACGUUGGAACUGUGAUAAAGAUGCAGAGCUUUCAAAGGAUGAAGCUAAUGAUUUGUUUUCUUUUUUCUCAUAAUUUUAUUCUACUUAUAGUCACAGCUUAUCCUAUACAAAGAAUAGAUCCUGAUAAUUCUGAAUUAAAAGAUGAAAGGCGAUAUCCAAAUGGAACAGUUGUGGGAACAUAUACGUAUAAAGACAGGGAAGGCAAUCCUGUACACGUUAAAUACUUUGCUGAUGAUUCAAGUUAUGGUGUGGAACUGAAAAGCUUUAAAGUCAUGGAUUCAAAAUAUCCGUUUCAACAGCAAAAAUCGGACUUUUCUGCGAAAACGGGUGAUUUGAAAGUUGAUAAAGCCUUCGGGUUAUUCGAUGAUAAAACUCAACCGGUCCCUAAAUCAGACUUUGACAUUUAUAUGGAAAACGAGGUUAAGCCAGAAAAAUGCGUCACAGAGAAAGUUCGUGUGUAUUAUGACAAAAACAAUAAAAGAAAAGUAAGAAACGCUUUUAAUCCAUUCGAAUCCAUCAGUUCAUGCCAAGAACACGGGGCUAACGGGCACGAAGCUCACCUAAUGUUAAGUGAUACCGCCGACCUUGGACACUCUCAAUGCCAGAGGGCUCUUUGA